GUAGAUCUCUCCCAAUGAUUGGUGCUCAAUUCGAGAAGCUAGCACACAAGCUGCGUGCCCUAUUGUUUCAACAUUGAACUGACGACCUCACAGUGACCUUGACUCUACAUUGUUGGAAGUUAGGGUUAGAAUAAUAUUAAAGUGUGGUCGGCGUAAAUUGCAAUUUUCAAUAUAAUCAUGCAGUAAAAUGUAUUUCAAUAUGUUCAUUGUUGCACUUAUCGUGGUGAUAUUAUAUAUUCAUGAAUGUUCCAGUUGGCAGAACGUGUAUUCCAGUGACAUUGAGACAAUGAUGGCGAGACAGUUGAACGACAUGUCUAUGGAUUAUUACGGUGAAAAUUUCAACAGACGACGAGUUGAUCCACCACCGGUAAAUCAUGACAUUACUUUGACCCAUUUGGGGUUGCAGCUGAAUAGGACUGUAGGCGAUCAGAAUAUGUUCUUCGCACGAGCAAUGAGCAAUGGAAAUUUGUAUGCGCUGGCAGGAAAUGAGUUACACCUUAUCAAAGUGUAUAAUGACCACAUGCAGCUCAUUUCUAUUGCUUCUAUAAGUGAUAUCAACGGAGCUAGUCAGUUUUCGGUCGAAGAACUGAAUACCCAGGAUAAUAAACGUUAUGUGAUCGUUGCGAUAUACAUUGACGAUCAUUUCCAAAUAUAUCAAAUUUCAUUGGACAACGAUAGUACCAAGCAUGAACCAAUAAAGUCGACUCAAAAAGUUGGCCGAGCAGGUGUGUCCACGAGAACAUUUCUGUUGUACUACAUGUCAAAUUUGUACUUGAUAUCCGGUUACAUUGAGUCCGAUGCUGGAAAAGUUGCAAUAUAUCGAUGGUUGGAUCUACAUUUUUCUGUUGAAGACGUGAAAGAUGUUGCUGUUCAUAACGAAAUGAUAGUACAUUCGAGCAAGCAGCUAGUCAUUCUAAUUCUACAAACAGCUGAAUAUCCGGAACGCUCUAUUACUCACAUCUACGUAUUGAAUGAGCAGCGUAAAAUAGUCAAAACUCAAGAGAUGUACUUUUUAUACUACCGAUUGCCGCACUAUGUAGUCGAUGAUGAUAUGUAUAUUCUGAGGUGCCUCGCAUCAGAUAAAUGCUUUUUGUACAAAUGGAACAACGAAAAUCUUUUCCUGAGAGUCAGCAAGGUGCGAUUUAAUCCCAGGAACGUUGAGCUGUACGGUGCAGGGAAUGAUUUGGUAGCGUUGUCUUUUGAUAAACACUUGUACUUCUAUCAUAACGAACCACUGCUCAAGAUAGCAUCUUCCUAUGCAAUAUUAGAUACGCACAAAGCUGUGAUUAGCAAUUCACUGUAUAUUGGAAACGGGCUGCAUCAAGUUUACGUGUAUCAGGAGCAAACCACCAGGAAAAAGUAUUUGUGUCUGCUGUACCAAAACGAGGGUUUUUCUAUGCAGUUCUUCGAAAUUCAAUUGACCAAACGCAGGUCUGCCCAACCCGAUCAAGGAGAACAAGCAAGCUUCAGCGCACUCAAAACUUGUUUGGAAAAUAUCAAGGAUAUUGUGAACGUGCGUAAGACUUGGAUCGACUUGAUUAAGUAUCAAAUUCAGAAAACCCUACGACCAUGCAAAACACAACAUUCCUCGCAGUUGCCAUUCCUGGCAGCUGCAACCUAUGUUGCAGAUACUAGCAGCCUUGCACGAACAGUCGUUGAUGGAAAGCUAGAUGAAUCGUCCAACGCACUGUUGCAAAAAUGGAACAAUGUUAGGGCAAUGAUAAAAAAUUUGCAUAUGGAGUCUCGAAACCUAUUCUUCAAGAAUAAAGUUAAUGUUUUGCACACAAACUUAAACGUCAGAGGUAAGUUACAGGCGCAGGCAACAAAAAUGAAAACACUUCGAGUGGAUAACGCCAGAGGGGCCAGCUCAAAUUCGCGAUCGAAACGUAGUUUCGAAGCAUUGCAAAAUUUAGUGGCCGGAACGGUAGACACCAAUGAGCUAUAUUUCGAUGGAAAACUCUUUGCAAAUGUAUUGCAGCGGCACAAAAUCAACAGAAUUAAAAGUCCCGUACAUAUCGACAAACUGCACGCAACUAAGGUUCAUUUGAAAAUGGACAGCAUUAAUAGAAUUCCGUUGGCAGCUACAUUCAAUAGAAAGUCUGAUAAAAAAGUUAUCCUCCGUAGGAAGCAAUUCAAAAACAUUGUUGCGAAUGAAGUUAAACUUUCUUCUAUGAACGGUUAUCGUAUGUCCCCGGAAUUUGAUAAAUUGCGAAGUUCAAGUUCCCUGCAACUUCCCACUGACACCGUUACGGUGUCUGGUGUUCACGAGGUUCAUAACCUAAUAGUUAAAAAAAGUAUAAAUGGAAUCGAUUUGCCGCAUCUGAUGAAAAGUUUAUAUUUUACUGGUUCCACUAUUGAAGGGAAUGUACACCUGCGAGCUCCAGCGCGUAUAAGAAAUGUUAAAACAGAUUACAUCAAUAUGAUCUCAACGAAAAGCUUCCUUGAUCUGCGCUCCAAUCAAACUGUUGUUGCUGAAAUAUUCAUGAACAAAGUAUACGCCACAGAGCUCCAUAAUCGGAUUAUAAACGAGGUCAAACUCCCGGAAGAUGUUUCUUUCAUUGGGAAAACAACCCAAAUCAACACUGCACAUGCAUCAAAUAUCAUUGUAAUGAAAGAUUUCACACUAUCCAGAGAUGACCUACAACUAACGCGUCACGUGUUAGGAACACAAUUUGAGGAUUUCUCUCAAAUUUACAGUGGAAAAGUUCAUUUGAAGGGAACACUCAAAAUUCAAAAUUUGAUUCCCGAGAGCGGACGGUUCCAAAUGAUGCUCAAUAGUUUACCUGUUGUGCCACAAGUGAGCAACCGUUUUUGGAUGAAACAUGUCGAACAGGAGAUACCAUCGUUUGCCUUCCAAAGGAGGGUUGAAAUGGUCCAGCUUCUGUGUGACGAGUUGAACUAUCAUCACGUUGGGGUCUACUUGAGACGCUAUGCAUGGCAAUCCUUGUUGUUGCGAUUUACUGAUGUUAUUGUUAACGGUUCAGUUAAGCUGCGAACUAAUGUGCCAAGUCUGUUACACAAAAUUCAUUCUGAAGCGGUUCGUCGUGGAACAUUGACAACGGUCUACGGUCAAAAAGUGUUCAACGGUGUACUCAAUGUAGAAAAUUUUGCAGCAGACUUCAUUGAUUUCAUCCCAUCAACUACCCUUGUCGAAUCGAAGACAUCAAUAUUUGUGUUCCAGAAUUUAGAUCAAGUUAAACACCUAAAUUUGAACGAAUGUUCAGUACGACUAUUAAGAAAUAUGUCACUAAAGAAGCUACGAGAUAAUCAAUUUUCUACUAUCAUUCUGUCUAGUAUUAACUCCAAUACCCUUCAAACCGUUCCUCAGAUGGUGGUGCUAGACCUGAAUGCAGAAUACCUUCAAACGAAUCUCAUCAACGAAUACAGCGUAGAAAAUAUAAUUGCCGACAUACGAAAUAUCACUUCGGGUAACAUGAGACCCAAGCAACUACAAAUUGAUCGCUUGAUAGUAGAAUCUGAUGUGGUCACCACUAAACAAAUCUUGGUUCAACAUAUCAACGAGAUAGCUGUUCAUGAAUACUUCGAUUUACUAACGCUGAAGGGAGAUCGACGCCAUGCACGGCAAGAAAUCGGAGGAAGUAAAAUUAUUCAGCAUCAUGUUGUUCUGGAGCAUCCGUCUGUUUUUAAACAACUCAACAACAUGGCCUUAGAUUACGUUUUCAAUGGCGUGCUUCGCAAAUAUAUACCGCAAAAUAUUAUUGGACAGUGGUUUUUCAAAAGUAUAUCAUCAAAAUACAUAACAUCCAAGCAGAUAAAUGACGUUGUAACAAAACAUCUAUUGAACGCUAAUUAUCAAUCGAUCAAAAUUCUUGGAGAUGUUUCAAUUGGCACUACGAGGAUUUCAUCGAAUGUGAACGGCUACAUGUUUCCAAAUAUUACUUCAAUUUCUAUGCCGAAUCUGAAGUUAGCGUCCUAUCUUGAAACAAAAAAGUCUGUUUUUAUGAAAAACUACCACCAGAAUUCUGUACUUUACGAUGUGUUGAUGACUGGUGUUGUAGAUGGAAAAGAGAAUAUCGAAAACGAAAUCAUUUUCAAAGCAACAAAGAUGCAUUUCGAAAAAGUUCUGACUGAACAAACCAUUCUGAGUCAAACAUGCAACUUCUUAAACCUUCUUGGUGAUUCAAUUAACAAAAAUCAAGCGAAAGUUUUUCUAAAAAGUUGGAAGACUUUUUCUAGAGCACAAAUGCUAAGAGAAAUCAUCGUAGAACAACAUGCCGAUACUGUAACUUUGAAUGGUAUCCAUCUGAAUAGUUUGAACUCAAGUAUUCAUUACAUGGAUGGCCCACUAACAAUAAACUCCAAGAAAUUCUUCCAGUCUAGACUGCAAGUAGAAAGCAUAGAGUGUGGAGGACAGCUAUCUAACAAUAUUAAACCAGACCAUUUGGCAUUGCUCGGAAACCUGAACCAUCAAAUAAGAAGUCAAUUCGGUAGUUCGGUGAAUGUUUUCGGAAACUUCAUAGUCGAAACUAUCAACAAUGAACCAGUCAACACUUUCUUUCACACGCGGGCGUCGUUGCAUAACUACGAACAGAUAAACCCUCAGAUAUUCACUGGAAUACUCACAGUUGGAUCUUUGAUUUUGCUGAAUGAUCAUAACACAAUUACAACAAUAAAUAGUGUCCCACUGAAUGACGUCGUUUUACAGACCAGCAACGAACAUCAGACGAUUUCAGAACCGAUUGAGAUUCGUGGUAAUUUGAUUCUAUCUGGACCUACAUCUGUACUGAGAUGCAACAAGUUUGAUGUUCUGAACAUUUAUAAAGCUAGUUUCCUGUUGAAAAAUGAUGAAUUUGGCUUAGAGAAUUUGGAACUUGUACGUCAUAGUACUCUAAAACAAGGAACUGUCGUAGGCAAUGCUUUAAAUAGGCUAUCGAUACAACAAAUUAUGUUGCUCCGUCUUUCUUCAGUAGAAGAUCUGUUGCCAUUAGUCCCAAGAAUUCAAGGACAUCUUACAUCAUCGAGGCGAGCAUUUUUGGAGACAUCUUCUACCAGACCUAUUAUAUAUUCGGAUUACAAUAGAACCAACCAAUCUCGACGAACUUCUGUCACCGACUCCAAAGAGGACAAGAUUCAGAAAGUAUUAUACCAGGAAGGGUAUAUAAAUGGAUUGAGUAUGGUGAAUGUAACGGUUAUGGUAAAAACCAAGGCAGAAAAUUGGAGUUCUUCCAGCACCAUGUUGAAAGGUUCAUUACAGCAAAUCGAAUGGAAAGAACUGGGGUCAAACCACGAAUUCCUGGUAGUUGUUGCAGUAUUGAAUCAUACCAAUCAGUUCCUUCUUCAUAUUCAAGUUUUCGAGCAUGGUGCAGAACGUGCGCGCCAGAACAUCAAAAUACAAACCACGGCUUCGAAUGUAGCUCUUAUCAAUGCAAAUAACGCAAUGCUUUUGGCUGUCUACGAAUCGGCACUUCCAGAACACAUGAUUUCCGUUCCAAAAGUAAAGCUGUACGAUUUGGACCGGAACACAUUACAAUUUUCGGCCCUGAAAACCUUGUCCGGCUACAUCAGUGAGAUUGUAGCGUUAGAGAUACAAGAAUCUCUUAUGUAUGCUGUUCUAGAGAGAAAUUCUACAACAUUGCCAAUUUAUCAAGUGAAAAAUCGUAAAAGUUUUCUUUACCAAAAGCUUAUUGCGAAAAAUGACAUUUCCAAGGUACAAAUAAAAUAUGUAGCAGAUACUCCAUGUAUCCUAAUCACCACUGCCGAUAAAAUUUCCAUCAUUUAUGUGCACAGUUCGUUAGAGGGUUGGAAGGAGUAUUCUUACGAAAGAUUUGAUGAAGCGAAUUAAUCGCUACCAUUGUUAGAUGUUUGUACGUUGAUAUAUUUAUUUAAUUGUUGGCCGUUUAUCUGUUAUGGUAUAUUGAAUAAAAAAAAGGUCU